AUGUCCAUCGACUUUCAUGGUCAUGGUCGUCGCUUGCACAUCCCCAGAGACAUCCAGUACCGAUGGCAGGUGAGCAUAGCUUACAGCUUCGUUGCCGGGUGUAUUCUGCGGGGAGUUGUGCUGGCCGCGACCCUUAUAGGUAUCUUUGCUCUCACGUUCCCCUUGAGUGAGACCUCAUUGGGUGGCAAUUAUAACCUACAUUACCUAUCGGCUUCGCUUCGGCGAGAGCUACGCCCUUCAAUGGGUGCCUAUUCCCCGGGGAUCUCAGAGCUGGAAGGCCGAUCCUUUCCGGUACUUUCGCUGGUUCCUAGAGCUCCAAUCAGUCUCUAUCUCCCCCGUGCGGGUUUUCUCUGGUCCGACGAGCUUGCGUGGGAUAUACAUUCCCAUAAGUUCAAUACGAAAGCAACUCCACGAUCUUGGAGACAAACAAGUACAAUCGAUGCUGUCGAAGAACAUAUCGCCCAUUUAAAUAAUAACAGUUCACGAGUCAUCUUCUCUGACGAAUUCAAUACCGUUGGCCCGUGGUUCUUCGACCAGGUCCUGGCUGGUGAGUAUGACCCAAACGACCCCGUUGUUGCUGCUCGUAUCUGGCCGGGCCAAUUAGUGUACCUUCGCCAGUUUGAAACUGGCGAAUACGUUACCGCCAGCAUGGAUGGAGUGACCCUCAGUGACUUGUAUGACAACAAUCUGGACGACGAGGUACGCCGUUUGCACAUUAGUGCAGACACACAGGCAUCUGCUCUCUCAGAAUGGCAAAUUCUGUAUGACACGCAUCAAGACAAGGGUGUUCGCCUUUGGAACAAAGUAGCCAACUGCUAUCUUGCCACAAGCUAUCGCACCUACCCCAACAUGCAUGCCCGUGACUCCAAUGACACUAUUCUUGAGACCUUACAUCUCCAGUUAGAAGCAUGCUGUACCUAUCCGCCUUCUCGUGCUGCCUCGACCUUUCAUGUUGUUGAUGGCGUGUCAAAGCCAUUGCGACCAUCUACUACUUGGCUACCUCCAUUUACUGGACGACUGGCCCUCUACGAAACAAGGCUGCGGGCGCACGGUGCCUUCACGAUCGACAUGAUCAGUGCGAUGUGGAACCUGUUCUCUUUCCACAGGCGCCAUGCACAUCUACAAGACAUGUCAGUGAAUCUUAAAGAACUGCAUAUAGGAGUUCCUUACUCCGAAAACUGGAGCUACGUCUUUCAAACAUUCAUGAUAUGUGGUGUCCUGUUACAUCUGGGUCACUUACUUCAUGUCCAGCGAACCCACACUCCUGCGCGCAAAAGUCACCUAUCCAACGAAUCUGGUCCCAUGCCUCAGGUACAACUUUGCUAUCUGGUAGCGCACCUAGCCAAAACAGUAGUCGGUAGCGACGAUCUCUGGCAUUGCCAUUUUGAGCUGGGCCUGGCGUGGGUCACUAUUGUCGAUGGUGUGAAUCUUGUCGUUCAUAGGAAAUGA